UCAUUUAUAUACAUCCAGAUCACUGCUUCGCCGGGCGGGAUUUCCGCAAUAAUAUCAAGUAUGGCGAAGACAUACGACUAUUUGUUUAAAUUACUGUUAAUCGGCGACUCUGGUGUCGGGAAGACCUGUGUUCUGUUCAGGUUUUCAGAAGACGCCUUCAACUCAACGUUUAUCUCUACUAUAGGCAUCGAUUUCAAGAUCAGGACGAUAGAGCUCGACGGAAAGAAGAUAAAGUUACAGAUAUGGGAUACAGCUGGCCAGGAGCGCUUCCGAACAAUCACAACAGCCUACUACAGAGGAGCAAUGGGCAUCAUGCUUGUCUACGACAUCACCAACGAGAAGUCUUUCGAUAAUAUAAAGAACUGGAUAAGGAACAUUGAGGAGCAUGCGUCUGCUGAUGUGGAGAAGAUGGUCCUUGGUAACAAAUGUGAUAUCAAUGACAAGCGGCAGGUGUCCAAAGACAGAGGGGAGAAGCUUGCAUUAGAGUAUGGGAUAAAAUUCAUGGAGACCAGUGCAAAGGCCAACAUCAAUGUGGAAAAUGCUUUUUUGACUCUUGCCAGAGACAUCAAAUCAAAAAUGGACACAAAAUUGGAGGGCAACACACAGCAGGGGAGCAGCCAUGGAGUCAAGAUCUCAGAGCCUCAGAAAAAGACCAGCUUCUUCCGCUGCAGCCUACUCUGAGGACUGAGGCCUUCAAUACUGGCUGCCAGCUGGGUGGACAUAAAUGGACUGUGCUUGCUUUUAGCACUUCCUUCCCUUUCCUUCUUUCUACCCAUCCAUGGCCUGUCCUCUCAUUCCACACAAACCAUUAUAUCAACAGUAAGCGGAGGGCUUCCGCUCCUCUCUUCCUCUUCUGAAAGCUUCCAGUGCUGCAUCUCUUCCAUUUUAAGGAGAUGAGUUGUUUUCAUGGGUCAGUGUGCUUGACUGAUCGAGGACUCAACCAGGAUCGUGGUCCAGAUGUUCCUCAUCACAUAGAGGACAGGCUCUUACUUCUGAUGUUAGUCUCUUUCUAAUACGCACUUAUAUUUCACACAGCUGGUAGCAAAACCGAGGGUGAGAAAUCGUUUCGUUAAUGUCAAGGUUUGGGAUUGAAAGUACAAAUGUAAUAUUUAGAUUUAUUUUUAUUAUUAGCGCUCCUUCCCUUUUUAUGUUACAAAAUGUCAACCAGAGACUGAGCAGCUUGAACUGUAGUCAAACAGAGUUGCACAUGUUUGCAUUGAGAGUCAUAUCAUCCAUGAGGCAGUCAGGGAUCAGAGAAGAGUUGGAUUGAAAUAUUUUCAGUUUGAGUUCAGCUCUUUGUUUUGCAUGUAGUUCUUGACAAUCAUUUGGUGUGACUAAAACGCACGUUUCAUCUUGCCCUGAUCAUUACACACUGCCUCCAACUCUUUUUUUUUUUUUAAACUUUUGCAAAAGCUUUCAGGUGCUGGUAGGCAGUUUGGCAACGAAAAAAAACCCCUAAAAAUACAACCCCUAUUUCUGCCUCUGAAGAUAAAGUUCUCCUGUCAGAUUGUCAGCAGGAUGUUGCAGAGCUGACGUGUUUCAGCUUAAGCUUUCCCUGGUGUAGUAAUAUGAAAGAAAGUAUUGUUCCUGCAAAAUGGGCGAAUUGUGGUAUGAAUGAAUAUGUGCAAAAACUGCAUUGUUUCCCAGUACACCAGUUAAGAAAAUAUCAAGAUGUGUACACUGUACAGUUUUAAUUAAUUCUCCACAGUGAAGUUUAAUCAUUCUUUUUACUAUAGUGUUGCCUUCUGAGUGGACUUGAAGGUUUUUUUUUAGCAGCUCUGAUGCACAGUGAAGCUAAAUGACGUCUCCAGUUAUUUGAUCAGCAGUUAAAAUAACUCUUGAAGUUUCGCACUGUAAAUCGUCCUCCUCCAUGCAGCUCUCCUUGCACUUUACCAGUAAACUCGUAUUCUGUGUGUAGUCUGUGCCAAGUGAUAGUUUUGCAAUGCAAUUACUUAGUUUAAAAGUUUUGAUCUAUUGAGUCUUGGUAGUAUGAUGGGCAUAAUCCCUCAAUUUUACUAUACCUCCUUAUAAAUUACUUGAUCACUGCUGUCCUGGUUUAAAAAAAAACAGAGUUUUCUGGACUGAUUACACGAAUAACACGAAUAUGACCUUGACCUUGAACGCUGACCUGACCCUACUAGUAUUGUACUCUUGUUCAUGUUUGAUUGUGGUCCCUUAGUUUGACAGCUAGGUGGCACCACAGGCACAGUAUGCAUAAUAAGUGACCAGCUGAGCUCAAAUUUUAACCAGUAUUUUAUGAAGAACUUGAGCCACAGUGAAUUAGACGUGUGAGAUCCAAACAUGUACUGACUACUUAACAUUAAUGUUGAGUCUCAGUACAUUUCAGUUGUUCCUCAGUGUUUCCUUCCCACAUUUGAUAUUAGUUUGAACAUCAAACUCCUAUAUGCACAAUAUUGAAGGAGGAUCUGCUUUUGCUUGCCUGCACCUUUUUUUUUGUUAAAUAUCAAAUAAUUUGGGACCUCAUGACAACCAUGGCCAUUUGUCUUAACCACUAAUACUCACUUCUGUCAUAGGUGAGCUAUGCAUUGUGAAUCUUGGACCUGUGCAUAUGUGUGUAAUGUAAUUUUCAGACAUACUUGUAGACCUGUACAGUUGAAUGUAUGGGCUUUUUGUUUUUUUUUUCUUUUGUUUGUGUGUCAUUCACUGAGCCAAAUACGGGACAUGCUCUUAUUGUAGAAAUAGCGUCGCAGCAUCAAAGUGAGCAAAAUCUAGCUCGAUGGCAAAUGAAGUAGGAGGAGUGUGGGCGUUGCAAUGCAGACGUAGUGCUGUUGUCUCAUUCCAGUGACACUGUAGCUUUAAGUCAUAACCAGAAACUAGGGAGCCGAUGUUCGUGUAUCGUUUUCAGCUUCAAACGAUACUCCCUCUUUGGUUUUAAAUCAUAUCCUUCACUUAAGACUCCUGUCACAUGUCGUAAUAUGCUGUACAUCCCUUUUUACAGCCAUAUUUUCAUUCCGUCAGUUGUGAAGUACACAGGGAGGACAAUAACAUUUUGGAGAAAAAAAAAACAUUGUAAAUAUCACGCUGAAAAAAAGACAUCUACUUAAAUUGUACUGUACUUUGUAAAUCCAUAUGAAAAUGUAUCUACAAUUUGUAGAUAUGUGUACUUUUGGUUUAAUAAAAUAAGCUUAUAAAACUGUC